UUCGAUACAUCUGUUAGGUAAUAGAAUUUUUUUUAUCGAACAAACUCGUCCUAACAGCAGUGUUUCUUUUGCCUUCAAAGAAGCAUAUAAAUGAAAAUCGAGGAAUAUGGAAAAGGACCUGAAAACUGCAGGAUGUGAUCUAGCUGAGCUAAGGAGAAGCCUUGGUACUGAGAAAACAGAUCAUGCUUCGAAAACAGAAGGUCCAUCCAAGGAUCCGCCGAAAGAAUUUUCCUCCAUGUUUGAAUUUAAAUUUCAUAAACGUCAUACGGCUCAGUUUGAGAAAUUGUCGAAAGAAAAGGCUGAAUUAGAAGCACAAUUAGAUGACAAGAAGAGAGACCUCCAAGAAAAACAGAAAAUGAUAUUCAAACUUCAGGGAAAAGUGAGUCAGUUGGCUCAGUUGGAAGCUAAACUAGAAGAGAAAACAAAAAGAUUAGAAGCUUUUAGUAAAGAAAGAGAUAUAUUAGAGAGGGAAUUGGUUACAACGAAAUCAGAAGUGUCUGGAAUAAAAAGAACAUUAGAAUUAGAACGGCAGGAGAGGAGAGAUUUAGAGACAAGAGCUCUUGCUUUGAUAAAAGAUGCAAAACGUAAAUGGGAAAAUGCGGAGAAAGAUAAAGUUGCACAGCUCAACAAUCACAUAGAGGCUCAAACUGUGAGGAUUACCGAAUUAUGUACAAGCAACAAUGAAAUGAGUUCGAGAUUACAAAGGACCGAAUGUGAGCUGGAAACUACAAAUGCAGAAUUGCAUAAGCUUAGGGUAUUUCAGAUGCAAUAUAAAGAAUCUUUAGCUAAAACUAGGGAACUUAGCAGACAAAGUGUACAAGGAGUUGAAACCAAACUCGAGGAGAUAGCUAACCGAGCACAUAGUCAGUUGGCUGAAUUGAGAGCAAAGUUAGACUUAGAAAUAGCGAAGAAUACAGAUUUAGAAACAAAACUGAGAAACGAACAGGAUUCCAAUCAUUGUCGUCAAUCGAGAUUAAACGUUGCUUUGGAGCUGGCGCAAAAUGAGCUCAAAGACUGUCAGGAACAGUUGCGUAGCAUUCAAGCCACGAUACCUGUCCGAGAUGCUGAAAUAGAAACACUAAAGAAACAAUUGCAAGAGAGAGCGAAACAAUUGGACAACGCUAUGACGUCGGAACAAACGGUAACCACCAUAAAAGAACAAAUGGAGAGAUCAAAACUUGAGAACGAACAGUUGAAACAGCAAUUACAGGUAAUGAAGUCCGACCUAUGCGAGACUAUGAUGAAUUUAGAGCAAAGUGAAGCUCUCGCAAUGAAUCUGGAACAAGCUACACAAGACAAGGUUGCAUUACAAAAACGGUUGCAGAAUUCGUUGGAGAAAGAAGAGGAACACUUGCGAAAAGUUGAAAAUUUAGAAGAAUUAUUGAAACGUUUGGAACAGAGUGUAACCAAGUUGGAAGCAGAGAAUGCCAGACUAAAAACGAAAACAGAGCAAACCUGUGCCGGCGUUGUUAGCAAAACGGACAUAAUAAAAGUCGAUACUCAUAUAGAAGAGCAAAUACAAAAAUUAGAACAAGAAAUCCAUACAUUGAAGGGUGCCUUAAAUGCUGAACGACAGACGACGAAACAAGCACAGAUCAGUUUAUGGAAGAAAGAGAAAGAAUUAUCGGAUGCUAAUUUGGAUAAAAGAAUAGCUGUGAGGGAGAGUAAAAGGGCGGACGAGAAAAUAAAGUUACUGCAGGAGGAAAAGCAAAAGUUAUCAGAGAAGUUGGAUCACAAGAUCCAGGAGGACGAGGAAAGAUCCAGGAAGCUUCUCAGAGAAUUGGAUAGCGCGAAAGUAUCGCUGAACGAUAUAACAAAAGAAUCUUCUCGAAAUAAAAUGCAGGCCGAAUCCGCUCAAAGAGCCUUAACUCAGGCUAACCAACAAAUAGAAGAGCUUCAAAUGUCGAGCGCUUCGUUGCGUCGAGAAUUAGAUGCGGCUCGCAAGCAAUGCCGUGUUAGUCAAGAUAGAGUGGACAGUCUGAAUUCAGAGAACACACAUCUCUCGCAGAAGAUUGCCAAGCACGUUGAAGAAAAGAGUGAAUUGGAGUCGAAAAUACACAAGUUGGAGCAAGAGAUCAAAGGCUACGAGUUGAACACACAGCUUCUCAAGGAAACAUGCACUGUACUGGAGGAGCAGUUAAUGGAUUAUGAGAGAUUGACAAGCGAUCACGAAACACGGGAGAACAUACUGAUCCAAGACAAGAUGAAAUUACAGAAAGACUUAGAGACAACAGAGGCUAAGCUCCGGGAGGCAUUUGCCGCUCAGAACGAAGAGAGAUCCUUAAGGUUAUCCGUGGAGCGCAAUUUUGAGAGGUUGGAGUCCGAAACCAAUGAUAUAGAGAGCGAGAGAAACAGCUUGAUUGUUCAAAGAGAUCAAUAUAAGAAACUCGUGCAAGAAUUAAACAGCCAAGUUGAACAAUUUACGACUAAAUGCGACGAUUUGGAGUGCGAUCUGUCAGAAAUGAAACGUACAUUAGAGGUAGCAAAGGCAGAGUCAAGGGUAGUCAAAGAAGAAAGUAGCCAGCACUUGACGCGGUUUCAUGAGCUGAAAGAAGCGAAUUUCGCGCUAAUGAACGAUCUGCAAAACAGCGUGGAUCAGGGUCAAGAACUGAGGAUGAGGAUCUCGGAGUUGGAAAGCAUUUUGGAAGAGAUGAGACAAUUUUAUCAGGAAAGGGAAGUCAAAGCGGAAAGUACUAGGCAACAGCAGACGAAAUUGAUAGAUUAUUUACAGUUCAAGCUCGAGGAAUGUAGAAAAAAGAAGAAGACAGUGUGCGACAAGAUUCUUGGUACUAAACAGAAGGAAAAUGUACCUCCAAGUGGAACUGGAAUGCCCGUUGGCUACCGAGAGUUAGAGAACCAGUUAGCCAAAGAGCGAGCAAAGGUUAAAACGCUGACCGAUCAACUGUUAGCAUUGAAAGCCAUGCACGCUUCUGUAUCUGCUCCGACAUCCCCCACAGCACCUCAAACGAAGAGUCCAUGCGCAAUAGAUCAGCCGAACAACUCGUUGUCCAGGCGUGUGUCACCUCAAAGAAUGGGUCACAAUAUUCCCCAUAGAUUUGAUGUUGGUUUGCCGAUGCGAGCAGGGAAAUGCUCUGCGUGUCUAGACUCGAUUCAGUUUGGCAAACGAGCUGCCAUUUGCAAUGAGUGUCAAGUGAUGACACACUUGAAAUGCGCUGUCACCGUUCCUGCCACCUGUGGUUUACCCGGAGGCUUCGCCAAGCAGUUUGGUAAGAGUUGGAGGAACAGUGAAGAAAGUUUGUCCUCCAUUUCUGGAAGUGUUCAAACUUUGGCCAUCGAUCAACCGGAUAAACCUGAUACAGACGAGUGCGUCGUUCCAGCUAAGAAAGACAGUCACGUCACCAUGGAAGGAUGGGUAAAGAUUCCAGAGCGUUCGAAAACCUGCUGGGAAAGGAAAUACCUCAGAUUAGAAGACACUCGUUUAUGUACCUACGAGCACCAACCUACUGUUGGAAUGGCUCCUGUGAAUCGUUUGGAAUUAAUCGAGAAUGAGGGAUUCACCGUGUCGGACAAUGUACAGCAACCAGACGUGAUGGGAACGGCGAAGUCAGACCUGUCGUUUAUAUUUAGGAUAGAAUCGAAUUCGUCGACCACCUGUUGGCCCACGUCGCGUUUGGAUGUAAUGGCUCUGAGCCAAACCGAUAAGAAAAAUUGGCUGAAAGCACUUAAAUCUGUUACUAGUCAAAGAUAUUCAAAUUGUCGUAAAGGCGAAAGAUAUUCAACUAUACUAAGACUAGAAAAGAAUCAAUUGGACUUAAAUUGCGCUGUUGCUUUAACCGAAGAAAAUAUUUUAUUAUUGGGCGCUGAAGAGGGUCUGUUUUCUUAUUGUGGUGCAAAGUCGCGGACACUCACGGCAAUCAGAGGGGUCAAGAGAGUGCACCAAUUGACUCUGCACCCCCACUUAGACAUAGCUUUAAUGAUAGCUGGUGAAAAUAGACAAUUAGUAUCUUGUAGUUUAAGGCAACUAAAAAGCAACGCGGUGGCUGCUGAGUGCUCUAGACCAGCGAUCACUACCAAACCAGUUCUAACUGGCACUGAUAGCUGCCACCUGUAUCAGUUGCACGAAGAUAUGCUCUGCGCUGCAACUGCAUCUCAUGUAAUAUUACUCAAAUGGUACAAUGAAGAGGACAGCGGGGAAUUUGUUGGCGUUCGUGAGCUGGAGACUCACGAGCCAUGCAGUUGUGCUAUAUUUACUCGAAACGUCCUCAUAGUGGGGUGCAAUAAAUUUUUCCAGAUCGAUCUUAAAAAUUACACUGUCGAUGAAUUCCCUGAGGAAGACGAUAGUUCAGUAAAAGCUGCGUUGACUGGAGUAGCCAAGCUAGGCAUUUUUCCAGUAUGCGUUCUAAACGUAUCGCUUGUACCUGGAAAGGUAGAGCUAUUACUCUGCUAUAACGAGUUUGGUAUGUUCGUAAAUGAAAGCGGCCAGAGAACUCGAGCCGUUGAUCCUUCGUGGAACCAUUUGCCGUUUGCUUUCGCCUUUCGCAAACCCUACCUAUUCAUUAUUCACUUCUCCUCCGUGGAAAUCAUGAAACUGACUCACGACUCGUAUACCACGCCAACGAAAAAUCCAGAGCGAACCUUAAUCGAAUUGAGCAGUCUUCGUUAUUUAGGGGUGGCAGGAUCCAAAGGAAUUUACUUGGCUACGGUGAACUCUUUCUUGGAACUACUGAAGGUGAACGGUCAUUUGAAUCUACCGGAAUCGAAUGGCAGCCUCACUAGUCUGGAUACCUUGGAUCAAGAUGAUGAAAGCAGUUCAGAGUUUAGUUUCACGUCGAGCUUAAUGGAAGCACUGGACGGCCAGGGGAAAAAAGUACAUUUCGCCGGCGUUCACAAAUAUGAAUUCCAAAAAGAAUCGAGAGAAAGACUGCAUUUGUUUGAUGAUCGUACAAGUCAUUUACCAAGACUAAGGACCGAUCAAGAGAAGAAAACAAAGAUGUCCAACACACGCGACGUGGAGUCAUCGUGCUACGUUGCACCGGAACCUGGCGAAGAGGUGGUCAUCACCGGUAUCUCUGGUCGUUUCCCGGAGAGCAACAACGUGCAGCAGCUGAAGGAGAACCUGAUGAACAAGGUCGACAUGGUCACCGAUAACUAUACACGGUGGCGACUAGAUCACGCCGAGAUACCCCGGGACGGUGGCAAGGUGUCCGAUCUGUUCAAGUUCGAUGCCAUAUUCUUCGGUGUCCACUACAAACAGGCGCACACCCUGGACCCCAUGUGCAGGAUGCUGUUGGAGCAUUCGUUCGAGGCCAUCCUUGACGCGGGGAUGAAUCCCAGACAGCUGCGUGGGACCAACACGGCCGUCAUCAUCGGAUCCUGCAUCAGCGAGUCGGAGAAGACUUGGUUUUAUGAGAAACUGCAGGCGAAUGGUUUUGGUAUCACCGGAUGCAGCAGAGCCAUGCUGGCGAACAGGAUCUCCUACUUCUUCGGAUUACACGGGCCAUCCUACGCGAUCGACACGGCUUGUAGUUCUAGUUUGGUCGCAUUGGAUCAGGCUUAUAGACUGAUACGGACUGGAGUCUGCGAUCAGGUGAUCGUAGGCGGCUCGAAUCUUUGUCUGCAUCCCUACGUAUCCCUGCAGUUCUCGCGUCUCGGUGUCUUGGCGACGGACUGUCGUUGCAAGUCGUUUGAUGCCAAAGCGAACGGCUACGUGCGUAGCGAGGCAGUUAGCGUGAUCUUUCUUCAGAAGGCGAAGAAUGCCAGGCGAAUUUAUGCGUCGGUGGUCUACACGAAAUCGAACUGCGACGGAUACAAGGAGCAGGGGAUUACGUUCCCGGCUAGGGAUAUACAGAAGAUGCUGUUGGAGGACUUCUACAAGGAAUGUAAGCUCUCCCCGACUAUCUUGUCCUAUCUGGAGGCGCACGGGACUGGGACUAGUAUCGGCGACCCUGAGGAGCUGAACGCCAUCGAGCAAGUUUUCGUCAAGAAUAGAACCACUCCGCUCAGGAUUGGUUCCGUCAAGUCUAACCUGGGGCACACUGAGCCUGCCAGUGGUAUUUGCUCUGUAGCCAAAAUUAUAAUCGCUAUGGAGUCCGGCUUGAUUCCGCCCAACAUGCACUUCCAGAGCCCCGUCAAGGGUAUUAAGAGCUUCGAAGAGGGAAUGCUCAAGGUCGUAACGGAACCAACCCCGUGGGAGGGUGGUUUCGUGGGUAUUAACUCGUUCGGUUUCGGUGGUGCGAAUGCCCACAUUCUAUUGAAGUCUCAUAACAAGGAGAAGGUGAAUAACGGCGCACCUUCCGACGAUCUGCCCAGGCUUGUUGCAUUGUCAGGCCGUCACGAAGAAGCUGUGGAAACACUUCUAAAUUAUGUGGAGAGUAUGCCGGUCGACGUGGAAUUCAUUCGAUUGUUGCACGAGAUUCAUGCAGAGAAUAUAGCCGGUAAUUUGUUCAGAGGAUACACUAUUGUCGGGUCGAAGAUAUCCGAGACACCGACUAAAGAGAUUCAGGAGUACUCUGGCAUGAAAAAACCUGUGUGGUUCGUUUUCUCUGGAAUGGGAUCCCAGUGGGCUGGCAUGGGCGAAUCCCUGAUGAGAUUCCCUACCUUCGUCAAGGCUAUCCAGAAAUGCGACGCGGCUCUAAAACCCUUUGGCAUGGACAUCGUCGACAUUAUCACGAACAAGGACAAGAAAACUUUUGACAAUAUUGUGAACUCUUUUGUGGGAAUCGCCGCGAUACAGAUCGGUCUGGUGGAUCUUCUGGCGUCCAUUGGCGUCGUGCCGGACAACAUAAUUGGCCAUUCUGUCGGUGAACUGGGCUGCGCUUACGCCGAUGGUUGCUUCAGCGCUGAACAAAUGGUCCUCGCGGCUUAUUCCAGAGGUCUGGCGUCUAUCGAGACCAAAAUGAUCCGGGGAUCUAUGGCAGCGGUCGGCAUGGGCUACGAUAAUAUUAAGGACCUCUGUCCACCAGAUAUAGAAGUGGCUUGUCACAACGGCCCGGACAGUUCUACUAUCAGUGGCCCGGCAGAGUCUAUGAAGAAGUUUGUGACUGAGCUACAGGCCAGUAAGAUCUUCGCGAAGGAGGUACCGUGUAGCAAUAUUGCCUAUCACAGCCGCUACAUUGCGGAGGCUGGACCAAAGCUCCUGGCGUAUCUGAAGAAAGUGAUCCCUAAUCCAAAACCGCGCAGCCCCAAGUGGUUGAGUACUUCUGUGGCUCAGAGCCAGUGGUCUGCCCCAGCAGCACAACUCUCCUCGGCAGAAUAUCACACGAACAACCUCUUAAACUCUGUCUUGUUCGCGGAAACUGCCACGAUGAUUCCUGAAAACGCCAUAACCAUCGAGAUCGCUCCUCAUGGUCUCCUCCAGGCAAUUUUGAAGAGAUCGCUGGAUCCAAAUGUGAUAAACGUUCCUCUAACGUUGCGAGGCCACAGGGACAAUGCCGAAUACUUCCUGCAGGCUCUCGGAAAGCUGUACAAUGCAGGCAUCCAGUUGCAGCUGGCCAACAUCUAUCCGCCUGUCGAGUUUCCUGUUAGCCGUAGCACACCAAUGAUCUCGCCUCUUAUCAGAUGGGAGCACUCGACGGAUUGGUUCGUACCGGUUUACUCGCAGCGUCAGAAGAUCACCACGUCGGAGAGAAUCCUGGAUAUCUUCCAGAAGGAUGAGAAUUACGAGUAUAUCGUUCAUCAUGUAAUCGAUGGAAGAAAUCUGAUCCCAGCCACAGGAUACCUUAUUAUGGCCUGGGAAACGGUUAGCCAGCUACAGGGCAAGCUGUUGGACGAGGUGUCCGUCGUCUUUGAAGACGUCAAGUUCGAACGCGCGACCACUUUGCCUAAAGACGGCACCGUCCAGCUAACAGUCAUGGUUCAAAGAGGGUCUGGCAAGUUCGAGAUAUCUGAGGGGACCACGACCGUGGUGUCCGGAACAAUUCGAACGACGAACAAUCCCGCACAAGAGAUGAUCGCUGCUGAGCUUCUGCCGGAAAUCGACGACGAGGAAGUCUUGAACAACAACGAUAUCUACACGGAACUGAAACUACGCGGCUACGACUACACAGGGAUAUUCAGAGGAUUGGAAAGCUCCUCCAUCAAAGGAACAAAGGGUCGCAUAAAAUGGAGCAAGAACUGGGCCGCUUAUCUGGAUAACAUGAUGCAGAUCAAACUGUUGGGUCUAGACACCAGAGCUCUGUAUGUGCCCACGGCUAUAAGAAAGAUGGUGGUGGACGCCAAGUAUCAUACCGACAAGGUUCGGAAUUUUGGCGAAGAGAGCAUCGAUAUACCGGUUUACAUGUACACUGAGUACGACGCUAUAAUCUCCGGAGGUGUGGAAAUCCGUGGUCUCAAAGCAAACGCUAUACAGCGGCGCAAGAUAAUGGCGGAUCCUGUUCUUGAAGAGUAUAAAUUCGUAGCUAACCGGGACAAGGCGGAGACCAACCCCGAGGAGAUGGUUAUAUUAUCUUCCCAAGUGGCAUUGGAAAGCAGCCUGCUGACGACUCCGAAGAUCGUGGAAUUAAUUGAUCGCGACGACAAUUUGUCCACCGAGGAAGUGCUCACGCCUACUAUCCUGAAAGUAUUAGGCGAUCUACCCAUGAUUCGACCAAAGAUGAUGUUAGCCGCGACCUCUGGCAGAUACGAAAAUCUGUCAGAUCUCGACAAGAUUACUGUAGUAGAACCGAACAAACUGCCAGAAGACGGAUCCGUUCUCAUGGCUGUCACUUACGACAUUCUAACAGAAAAGAGGCAACACUAUCUCGACCAGCUCAUGAUGUCCAUCGUUGACGACGGGUAUAUUUUGACUAGGGAGACCACAGUCAACAAUGACACAUAUUUGUACCUUCGAGAAUACGAGCUGAAUGUUGUGUUGGAAAAGAGCUAUAAGGGCCAGAAAUUAUUGCUCCUAAAGAGGCAGGAGAAACCUCCUAGAAACACAGAAGUCGUUUAUGUGAACAACAAUGAAUUCAGCUGGCUGAACAAGGUAAAAGAAGUGCUGCAGGCCCAGGAGGGGAAGAAAACAAACGAAAGAGACACAAGAUUGGUCGUAGUCGCUGAAGGGGAUCUAGAGAAUGGGGCUUUGGGUAUGGUCAAGUGUCUGAGAAGAGAACCCUGUGGCGAAAUUGUGAAGACCGUGAUCAUACAGGAUUUGAACGCACCCAAAUUCUCGUUGGAUGACCCAUUCUAUUCCGAGCAGAUUAAUAUUGACAUUGGCAUUAAUAUUUUACGCCCGGGAAAAGUUUGGGGCACUUACAGACAUUUGCCACUACCACCUCCGAAGCCUGUUCCGUUGCCCCAUGGUUUUGUAAAUAUAAAGGUCAGAGGUGAUCUGAGUUCCCUUCAGUGGACCGAGGGCAAUAUAAAACCAGAUCCCAGCAACGAGAAUCUUGUGAAGGUAGUCUACGCUUCUUUGAACUUCCGAGAUGUGAUGUUGGCAACCGGUAAACUAAUGCCUGAAGCCAUCACGAAAAGUAGAGAACUGAACGAGUGCCUAAUCGGAUUCGAGUUUACGGGAAUAGACACCAACGGCCGAAGAGUGAUGGGCUUUGCUCAAAGCAGGUCUCUAUCGAAUCUUCUCAUUCCGUUGAAGCACAACAUGUGGACUAUACCAGAUAAAUGGUCCUUAGAGGAUGCAGCGACUAUUCCCAGUGCAUACUUCACUGUAUUUUAUGCAUUCUACUUCUUCGGUAAACUAAAGAAAGGUGAGAAGAUACUGAUUCACGCUGGCAGUGGUGCUGUUGGUCAAGCUGCUAUCAAUGUGGCCCUCUCCGAGGACUGUGAGGUCUUUACCACUGUUGGAACGCCAGAAAAGAGGAGGUUCAUCAGAGAAACGUUCCCCAGUAUCGCUGAUGAUCAUAUCGGUAACUCGAGAGAUGUUAGUUUCGAGCAAAUGAUAAUGAAACAGACUCACGGCGAAGGUGUGGACAUUGUUUUGAACUCGCUGGCCGAGGACAAGCUGCAGGCUUCCGUUCGGUGUUUAAAAUACCGGGGCCGUUUCCUGGAAAUUGGUAAAUUCGAUAUGGCGGCGAACAAUACGCUAGGACUGGAAAUCUUCUUAAAAGAAAUCAGUUUCCACGGAGUCAUGAUGGACACCAUGAUUAGCGGACUUCAUCCUGAUAUUCAAUCACAAAUCCACGAAUUCAUCGACUUGAAAUUAAAGAGCAAGUGCAUAAAACCUUUGGUCAGAAAAUGCUUUGAGAAGCACGAGGUGGAGGCUGCUUUUAAGUACAUGGCUUCUGCGAAGCACAUAGGAAAGAUUCUAAUUAGAGUGAGGGAUGAGAAGGAGCCCUUGACCAUGCCAGUGCUUGGCUACCCACGGUUUCACGCUGCUCCAGACAAAAGUUACGUCAUUGUUGGUGGCUUGGGUGGCCUUGGACUAGAGAUGGCCGACUGGUUAGUCAUCCGUGGUGCCAAAAAUCUGGUGAUUGUUUCUCGCAAUGGUAUCAAGACUGGGUAUCAGCGGAUGAGGACGGACAUUUGGAAAUCCUACGGUGUGAAAGUCCUCAUCAUUUCCGGCGUGGACGCGUCGAAGCGAGAAGACUGCGAGUUCAUUUUGAGGUCCGCGGAGAAACAAGCGCCAGUGGACGGUGUCUUCAACCUGGCUGCACUUUUGAAGGAUUCUCUGUGCAUAUACCAGACGGAGGAGAGCUUCGAGGAAAGUAUGAAAUCCAAAGCAGGCAUCACCAAGCAGUUGGACUUGCUCACAAGGACGAUCUGCCCAAAGCUUCGACACUUUGUCGUGUUCUCCUCCAUCUCCUGCGGAAGAGGAAACUCUGGUCAGACUAAUUAUGGCAUGGGCAAUUCAGUGUUAGAGAGAAUUUGCGAGAGAAGAGUGGAAGAAGGUCUGCCGGGCAUGGCUAUCGAAUGGGGAGCCGUGGGAGAAGUUGGCCUGGUUGCUAAACUCCUUGAGGACAAGAAAGAACUCGUAGUCGGUGGAACCUUGCAGCAAAGGAUAUCCUCGUGUCUAGAAGAGCUGGACAAGUUUCUCUGCCAGAACCGCCCCAUUGUGGCUAGCAUGCUGGUAGCGGAGAAACGGCCUAGCGCCAGUGAAGCCAGUACUGUUCUGGAGGCAGUAAUGUAUAUUAUGAGCAUCAAAGAUCUGAAAAACGUUAGCCAGAGCGCUUCCCUAGCUGAUCUUGGUAUGGAUUCUAUGAUGGCCGUGGAGAUAAAGCAAACGCUGGAACGCGAUUUCGAAGUGUUCUUGACCGCCCAGGACAUUCGAGUUUUGAAUGUAGCCAAGCUGGUAGAGAUGUCCGCGAAAGACUCUAAAAAGCAAACCAAGCAGGUCACGAAAGCAACCAUAAAGACGGAGCAGCUGGUUGGCAUGCAAUUACUGAUGAGGACGAUGAACGUUGCUAUUUUGAGCACCAAUUACUGCGUUGAUCUACUGGUGAAACACAAAGAAAAACAGAAUGAAAUAUUCUUUAUUCCUGGUAUCGAGGGAAGCGCCUCAAUUUUUACACCAUUGGCAUCUGAAUUGAAAUCUCCGGCUUGUUGCUUACAGAUGGGAAUAUAUGAUACAGGACUUACUUUGGAAGAGAUGGCAGACCGUCUUUUACCGUAUGUUUUAGAAAGGAGUAAACAGCGAAGAGACUUCACAAUAGUUGGAUAUUCAUACGGUUCGAUAAUAGCUAUUGAACUGGUGAGGAGAUUGGAAUCUCGUGGCUAUGUCGGUCACCUAAUUCUUUUGGACGGGUCGCCUGAUUAUAUGAAGGCCAUAAAAUUACAACAGCUCUUCGCCACGACAGAGGAAACCUUCCAGAAUAAUCUCCUGAUUGGCAUAUUGGCUGUUACCAAUUCGCCCUCCUUAACCGAGUUCAAAAUGGAGUUGAACAAGUGCACCACCUGGGAAGAGAAGCUGGAGAAGCUUACCGUUUAUACACCACCUGAUGUUGCCAAAGUUUACACACCUGAGGCACAGAAAUCCAUCGCCACGUUUAUAUACAAACGCUUACAGGUUUUAGACGAAUAUGACUGUAACUCUAUGACCCCGCUGAGAACACCCAUCAUGUUAUUGAAGCCGACGUUACCGGCCAUGCAAAUGCCUGAUGAGGCUUACGGAUUGCGUAAGUUGACUUAUGGAAGGGUGACGGUAGCUGAGGUAGAGGGCAACCAUAUUACCAUGCUUGAUAACAAGAGAAGCGCAGCAGUGAUUAACGGAGACCCGGUAGAAGACGAAAAAGUAUUUAAAGAGAGCCUGAAUCUUAUGUCCACCGACUUAGAGGUACAGGUAAAGAACGUGGCCAUAAUGAGAACAUAGUGAAAGGACUACAGCAUUCCAUGUUUAUCAAUUAAGAGCUAAUCGUUUACUUGUAAUUUUUGAACCGGUCGUGAAUAAAUGAAGAAUAUCAUUGUUCAUGAAA